AUGGCGAUGCGUGGAGCUAAAAUUCGAGUGCCGAAAAUAUUUCAUACCAAAAAGUGUUGGUCGCAUUUUUCUCGACCUCAUUUUGCAGGAGUUAGAAUGAAUAACAUUGAAGAUGUUCUAUUGCCAUAUGAAAAAUUAAGCAGGAAUGUGAAUAUUAUUCGACAAAGACUGAAGCGACCUCUUACAUUAUCUGAGAAAAUAUUAUACGGACACUUGGAUGAACCAGAAAAGCAGGAUAUCAAACGAGGCAUUUCAUAUUUGCGACUCAGGCCGGAUCGGGUGGCUAUGCAAGAUGCUACUGCACAGAUGGCCAUGUUACAGUUCAUUUCAUCAGGACUUCCUCAAGUCGCAGUGCCAUCUACAAUUCAUUGUGAUCAUUUGAUUCAGGCCCAAUUAGGAGGCGAUGAAGAUUUGAAACGUGCGCAAGAUAUCAAUAAAGAGGUAUACGACUUUUUAUCAUCAGCAAGCAAUAAAUAUGGUGUUGGAUUCUGGAAGCCAGGAAGUGGCAUUAUUCAUCAAAUUAUCUUAGAAAACUAUGCCUUUCCAGGUCUUUUAUUGAUCGGUACCGACAGUCACACACCGAUGGGAGGAGGCUUGGGGGGUUUGUGCAUUGGUGUUGGUGGUGCUGAUGCCGUUGAUGUCAUGGCAGAUAUUCCUUGGGAAUUGAAAUGUCCGCAGGUAAUUGGUGUAAAAUUAACUGGUGAACUGUCAGGGUGGACAUCUAGUAAAGAUGUCAUCUUGAAAGUAGCUGAUAUACUUACUGUUAAAGGCGGUACUGGUGCUAUCAUAGAAUAUUUCGGGCCUGGCGUUGAUUCAAUCUCAGCAACUGGCAUGGGUACAAUUUGUAAUAUGGGUGCAGAAAUAGGUGCAACAACAUCCAUAUUUCCAUUUAAUGACAGUAUGGUACAUUAUUUGAAGGCAACUAAUCGAGAAGCGAUUGCAAACGAAGCUCUAUGUUACAAAGAAGUGUUAACGUCAGAUAAAGGUGCUGAAUAUGAUAAGGUUAUUGAAAUAAAUCUGAGCACCUUAGCACCACAUGUCAAUGGACCAUUCACCCCUGACUUAGCUCAUCCUAUUGAUAUGCUCGGAAAGAACGCUAAAGCUAAUAGUUGGCCACUGGACAUUAAAGUUGCUCUUAUCGGCUCGUGCACAAACAGUUCCUAUGAAGACAUGACACGUGCGGCGAGUAUUGCAAAACAGGCAAGCUGGCUUAAAGCAAAAUCGAAAUUUGUCAUAACACCUGGAAGCGAACAAAUUCGAGCAACCAUGGAAAGAGAUGGUUUGGUAAAUAUUUUCAGAACAUUUGGUGGAAUCGUGCUUGCAAAUGCCUGCGGUCCAUGCAUUGGUGAAAAGAAUACAAUAGUAACAUCAUAUAAUCGUAACUUUACUGGUCGGAAUGAUGCUAAUCCAGCUACUCAUGCAUUUGUUUCUUCACCUGAAUUGGUUACAGCUUUGUCUAUAGUGGGGCGUCUCGAUUUUGAUCCACGCACUGAUGAACUCGAAACACCCAGCGGGGACACUUUCAAACUACAACCUCCAUCUGGCAUAUGUAUUCCUUCAAAAGGUUUUGAUCCUGGUAAAAAUUAUUAUCAGGCUUCAUCAGGAGAAGGAACUGUUGUUAUCAAUGAUAGUAGUGAACGGCUACAACUUUUAAAGCCAUUUAGUCCUUGGGAUGGUAAGGAUCUGGAAGAUAUGUUAAUAUUAAUCAAAGUUAGAGGAAAAUGUACAACGGAUCAUAUUAGUGCUGCUGGACCGUGGCUUAAAUUUCGUGGUCAUUUGGAUAAUAUCUCAAAUAAUUUAUUCUUAACUGCUGUUAAUGCAGAAAAUGGUACUAUGAAUAAAGUAUGUAACUAUUUGACUGGCAAGUAUGAUACAGUACCUCGAACAGCACGUUAUUACAAAGAUAAAGGAGUGUCUUGGGUAGCAAUUGGUGAUGAAAAUUAUGGUGAAGGCUCGUCCCGGGAACAUGCAGCCUUGGAACCUCGGCAUCUUGGUGGACGUGCUAUUAUCGUGAGAAGUUUUGCUCGUAUUCACGAAACAAAUUUGAAAAAGCAAGGAAUGCUUGCCUUGACAUUUUCUGAUCCAAAAGAUUACGAAAGAAUUGAACCGAGUGACAAAGUAUCGAUCAUGGGUUUGAAAGAUUUCGCCCCCGGCAAGCCGUUGAAAUGCAUUGUAAAGCAUGCGAGAGGUUCGGAAGAAGUGAUUUGGCUGAGUCAUAGUUUCAAUGCAGCUCAAAUCGAGUGGUUCAAAGCCGGUUCAGCUCUGAACCACAUGAAAGCAAUGAAAAAUAAGUAG